AUGGCAAAAAUACCAUACGCUGCACCAACUGAUUCCGAAGGUGUUGAUUGGUUCAUAAAAUGCGUGGAAAAGAUGACAAAGGUCCGUCAAAUGCUAUACGAAGGCAUUCAAGUUUGUGAUGAAGAAGAAAAGGUCGCAAGUGCUGUAGUGGAAAAAUUGAGAAGAGGAGCUUGGCAGUUGUCGGGAAGAGAAUGGCAAGAGCGAGGGAGUGACGCAAUUAAUGAAACGAGUGUAGUUUUGAGAGAAGAACAAGACGGAAAUUGGGUGAUGGUGAGGCAAUUUCGAGGUCGAGGCGAUGGAGUUGAAUAUUCUUUGUGCCCUGGAAGCGGCGAACAAGUACCAAGACACGAUGAAGCGGAAACCGGACAAACAAGUUCUUUUAACAAUCACUUAUCUUCCGCGGAGGUCGCCAAAGAUCACCGGUCACCCACUGGAAACCUAACAAAAACCCACGUAAUGAAACCAUUCUUCGAGGCUUUACUUUAUGCCUCUGCGUGCCUUCAAUAUGGUAUAGAUCAAUAUACAUAUACUUUAUAUGGCAUCGAUGUCAAGUUUCAAAUGGCACUCGAAGAAGAACUAAAACUCGAACUUUUUGAAGCAAUUUUGAGCAAGUAUCCUCGAUUGAACGGAAUUGUAGGCACUGUUGAUGGUGUAGAAACGAGAGGGAUGAUACCAGAAUGGGGAGAAAGAUUAUAUGAGGAGGUCGAAAUGUCAAUAGAUAAAGGACAACGACAAAAAAGAAUUUUAUUGCAAGGACAUGAUGAAAAUUGA